UAACCAAUGGCACGGUACUCACACGCCUGGCUCCCGCUUCUUCUUCUCGCAUGUGCCCUUGUGCAGAGCUCUUACGGCUCGAGACCAUCUCCCCGGGAGCCGCAGAUGGCCGGGGUCCCGUCUCCGACGAUGGUUCACGGCGCCGCCGAACCACGCUCCCGCGAAGACAGGGCGACCAAAGUCCGGCCCCCGACGGAGAAGGGUGCGACUGGUCAUGAUGGAGCAAACGCUGAUGGUGGUGGUGAUGGUGUUGUGUCGUCGGAGCAGAGGAAGGGUUCAGGGCCGCCGGUGCUGCAGACGGCAUUGGGAAGGAUGCUGGGUUCGAAGCUGGCGCGGCGAGUGCUGGGAGGGGAGAUGGAGGACUCUGCGGCCGGGCCGUCGUGCCACUCCAACAACGCGCACAUCACCUGUGCACCGCCGGCACAGCACUGA